AGCGCGGCGUGUUUCAGGCUGUGCAGUCACAGGCUGAGCGGUCGCGGAAGCCGACGGUCGCUGCAUCGCUGCAGCCUUCCCCCCUCCCUCUCCAUCUCUCUCCUCUCUCCCUCAUAGAGCUCGGUCAGGCGUCCUGUCACGCUGAAGCCGGGGUGUAAUUAGCGGCUCCGUGCCAGAGGAGCCGCUCAGAUUCUUACGGGAUCCUUCAGCUAAUCGUCGACUCUCGCCGGGAACUGGGACUAAAUGGGAAGGAGGGCUUGAUUUCCCACCAGGCAGCCGGGGAUUCCUUUAGAUGUCAUUCCUGCCUCUCGGACUUGGUGGAUCGUUUAGAUCUGGACACUUUUUAAAAUCAUUCAGGCUUGGACAUUGUGUUUUCUUCAUCUGCUGAAGCAUCACAGCAGCAGCAAACAGGUGGGAAUUGUGGGUUUUAAACCUGCACUGCAUGUUGGGAGCUUAGCUUUACCUCCCUGCUGAGGUGCAGCAGGAGGAGCGAAGACCUUGAUGCUUAGAAAUUACAUUAUUGCAGUUCAGCAGAUGAUCAGGUAGAGCCUUCGCAUGCGGUUCCUUAGUCUGACAACGCCUGCGUAUUACCAGAAGUAGCCGGGAGUGUUGCUGGUGGCGGGCAGGACCCCCAGCGCAGGGCGGCGGGGGGCGCGCGGUCAUCAGGCAGCUGGGGAGAAGAUGCCAGCCAUCCUGGUCCCCUCCAAGAUGAAGUCAGGACUCCCCAAGCCCAGACCCGUGCACAGCGCCCUGCCCAUACCCCAGGCCCCCAGCAGGCCGUCGGCCCUCCCGCUGCCCGGGGGACCCCUCAAGACCCACAUCCCCCCGCCGGGGCAACAGCUGGACUCACGGCCCCCGAGAUGCAAGGCUCCGGACUCGGAGGCUGGAGGAAACACUCAGAUCUACACGGACUGGGCCAACCACUACCUUGCAAAGUCAGGACAAAAGCGUCUCAUCAAGGACCUCCAGACAGACGUCACAGACGGGGUGCUGCUGGCUGAGAUCAUACAGGUCGUAGCCAAUGAGAAGAUUGAUGAUAUCAAUGGCUGUCCCAAGAGCCGCUCUCAGAUGAUUGAGAACAUAGACGCCUGCCUCAGUUUCCUGGCAGCUAAAGGAGUCAACAUCCAGGGUCUGUCUGCAGAAGAGAUUCGGAAUGGGAAUUUGAAAGCCAUCCUCGGCCUCUUCUUCAGCUUGUCCCGGUACAAACAGCAGCAGCAGCAGGCGCAGCGACAGAACUCCCAGCCCACUCCCCCACCCACGGCACAGUCCCGCAGCUCGCACCCUGCCCUGAGCCAGCAGAGUAGCGCCCCGGCUCAGCUCGGCCAGUCGCAUGGGACUCCCGCCCUCACGGCCCAGAAAGCAGCGCAGGCCGAGAUGCAGUCCAGGGAUGGGUCACAGAGUAAACUACUCAAGUUUUCCAUUGGUCAGAAAAAGACCUCUAGACUACCUGGUCCCUCGGCGAGGGUGUCCACUGCCGGCAGUGAUGUCCUUCAGAGGGGCUCGGUCAGUGCUGCUGGAAACAGACGCAGCCAGGGCUUCAGUGACAAGACCAAAGCCAACGCACACCUGAGCAAAGAUUCCCCAGAGGGCAUGACCUUGCAGCCUUCUUUGAUGACUGAGCACGCUCUGUCAUCUGCAUCGAGUGGCAGCUCCUCUACCAGCGUUUCAGGUGCCUCCUCGGUUCCUCCACCUUCCUCCUCGUCCUCCUCCACAGCCAUUCCCCACCCCAACAGCAACGGCAAGUCCUGGAGGAGCAAGCCCACAAGCUCCAAGCACACCUCCUCUCAUCCCCCCACAUCCACCCCCUUGUCUGCCAUGCAGUCCAGCAAACAGGAGAGGGACGCUUCCUCCAGGGCUGCUCCGGCAACUGAGGCUCCUCCCAAAGCUGUUGCUCAGAAGUCCAUGCUGGAGAAGCUGAAGCUUUUCAACAGUAAAGGAGGGUCCAAGUCAUCCCCCACCUCCUCUUCCUCCACUGGAGCAGGGCCCCACCCUGACACCGCUGCCCCAGCAAGGCAGCCGGGAGCAGGGCAGGUGGAGAGAUCAGAAACGGGCUCCAACACCGACCCCAUGGACGAGGACGAUGGCAACGUCCGACCCGGGCUGAACGGAACCAGCAACGGCACGAGCCACGGAGCCGCUCCCUCGGCAGGCGCCUCCGUCUCCACAACUGCCAGCAGCCCCAAGAUCGCUCUGAGGGGCAUCGCCCAACGCACUUUUAGCAGAGCUUUGACUGCCAAGAAAAGCUCCACGAAAGGCCUGGAAAAAGACAAGGGCAAGGAGAAGGAGAAAGGGAAAGAGGUGGGGAAACGUGUCCCGGACAGAACCGAGCUGAGGGGGGACGAGCUGAGGGAGGAAGCAGCAGCCGUCGCUGCGGACGCUGACGGCCCCAACAAAAAGACCUCUAAAAUUGCCAGUUUCAUUCCCAAGGGGGGUAAAGUGGCCAAAAAGGAGAACUCCACUCCUGCACACAGCGGUAUACCAAAGCCAGGAGGCAAAGCUCCGGGAGCUGGGGGCAAAGCUUCUGCAGUGAAAGAGGCUGGGGAGAGGCCCCGGAGCAUGCGUUUAGGGGGGGGUCUGGUCAUGCACCGGGGUCCCCUGGAUAAAGACAGGGACAGCAGGCACUCCAGCUCUACCUCCAGUCUGGCCUCCACAGAGGGGAAGCCCAGCGGCGCCGCCCUUGUGGCAGGAGGAAGCACUACACAGAGCACAGCCUGCAACACCGUGAGCGUGCAGCUACCUCAGACGCAGCAGCACCACAGCCACCCCAACACAGCCACCGUCGCACCUUUCAUGUACAGAUCCCAAACAGACGGCGAGGGAACUGAGAACACGGAGGCUGGUUCUGGGGGGAGAAGUGGAGACGUUUCCUGCACCAAGACCAGCCAGACCUCCGCUGAGGACCUUUCAGGUGAAGAUCCGGAGACGAGACGUUUGCGUACAGUCAAAAACAUCGCAGACCUACGGCAAAACCUGGAGGAGACCAUGUCCAGUCUGCGAGGAACUCAGGUCACACACAGCACCUUGGAAACCACGUUCGAUGGCAGCGUCACCACAGACAUCAGCGGCGGUAGCGGCAGCGGCAACAGCACCGGAGGGGGUCGGAGUAUCCUCAGCCUCACCUCUGCCCGCUCCUCGCUGUCGUCGUGGCGACUGGGCCAGUCCAGCCCUCGUCUGCAGGCGGGUGACGCCCCCUCCAACGGCUACGGGAACCGGGCGGCCGGCGGGCAGGGGGGGCGCUACAUGUACCCCGGGCACCUGCGGCGGCAGCUGGCCGGCCGGGGGGGAGCUCUGUGCAGCGUGGAGCUCGGGGACAGAGCUGGGGAGGACGGGGAGCUGGACGGCAUCGCCAUGGAGGUCACGGGAUACAUGAGCGACGGAGAUGUGCUGAGCAAGAACGCUGUGCGCGCUGAUGACGUCACCAGCGGGUACAUGACUGAUGGAGGUUUGGGUCUCUACACCCGGCGCCUGAACCGGCUGCCAGACAGCAUGGCCGCCGUACGAGAGACGCUGCACCGGAACACGUCAUCAGGACAAGGAGAUGCUGACAGCUGGGAUGACAGCAGCUCCGUGAGCAGCGGCGUCAGCGACAACAUCGACACAGAUGACAUCAACACCAGCUCCUCCAUCUCCUCCUAUGCCAACACCCCCGCAGCACAACGCAAGGCCCUCAACACGCAGCCCGUGACAGAUGCAGAGAAGCACUCGGCCUCCACAGCAGCUCACCAAUCCUGGGCCGGGGACGAGGGGAAGCGGCCGGACGGCGGGUCCGACAGCGGCAUCAGGAUGGAUUCAGGCUCCAAGUGGAGCCGCAGGAACCCCUGCGACAUCUCCGAUGAGUCUGACAAGGGUGGCUCGGGGAGGAAGAGCCACUCCGUGUCCCACACGGGCUCCUGGAGGAGGGGCAUGAGCACUCAGGUGGGGGUGACGUCACCCCGGACUAAAAGCUCCAGCAGCACGGGCUCCGCCAGUUCUGUGGGCCUCAAGGGCCACGGCUCAGGAAAGACGGAUGAUGUGAAAGUCUCUGAAAAGGGACGGCUCUCCCCGCGGUCCAACGGCCUCCACCGCUCGCCCUCGGACGCUGGACGCAGCAGCGGCGACGAGGCCAAAAAGCAGUCGGCCUCCAGCAGCCGCGCAUCCACCACUAGCACGGCCUCAGAGUCGCACCCCCAGAUGCACACGCUGGCCUCGCGCACCCCGACCAGCACCUUCGGCUUCAAGAAGCAAGGACUGGUGACCAUGGUUACCGCCAGCGGGGCCACCAUCACCAGCGGCUCGGCCACCCUGGGGAAGAUGCCCAAGUCCGGCGGACGCUCGCUGUCAGGAGGUUUGAAGUCCGGCGGGCAGGACGGAGGCUCGUUGUUGGGUCACCACGACGACGGCUUCCUCCCCAUGAGCGCCCGCUCCACGCUGCAGUACCGCAGCCUCCCCCGGCCCAGCCGCUCCGGGGCCGCCGCCCGCAACGGCAACCGGUCCUCCACCAGCAGCAUCGAGGCGGCCGUGCUCUCCGUCACCUCUCACGGGAAGAACUCCCUGAGCGUGAGCAAGGCCGGCGGCCCCGGCGGGCUGCUGGCCAAUCAGACGGACCGGGAGAAGGGCGUCUCCGAGAUCGACAACCUCAGGGGCGGAGCGGCCAUGCAGGGUGGAGGAGCAGCAACUGUUCCUCUGGCGGGAAGACAGCAAGUGUCUUCACCUACGCUGCGCAGGUUAUUCGGCGGGAAGCCCAAUAAACAGGCUCCUGUCACCACGGCUGAAAACAUGAAGAAUUCAACCAUCAUCUCCAACCCGCACGCCACCAUGAACCAUGUUGCUACGGUGAUGGAGUCCCCUGACGGAGGCCCGGGAGGCGGGGACAGCGACACCAGCAGUCCCAUGUUCGGAGGCAGGGCGCUGGGAUCGGGGACGGGGACGCUGGGCAGCGAGCAGGUGAGGAUUCCUGCCUCCAGCCCGGGCUCCUUCUACUCCUCCACCGGCCCCUCCAACAGCCUGACGUGGGGAACCACCUUCAGCGGCUCCUCCGUCCCCAGCAGGGAGGGCACUCUGGGCGGACACGGCGGGGCGGGCAGCGUGGGCUUCCCCUCCGUCAGCAGCAUGCACACCAGCAGCGAGUCCAUCGACAUGAGCCUCAGCAGCGCUGGUGGAGGCCCCGGGGCCCACAGGGAGGACACCCUGUCCACUCUGGGCCGCACCAGCAGCGUCAAGACCGGCAUGUCCGAGAGUCCCCUCUCCUCUCCCUCCGCUAGCCCUAAAUUCAGCCGAAACACGCUCCCGCGGAGGCAGGACAGCGGGCCACACUGUGGUAGAAACACUCUGCCUAAGAAAGGAUUCAGGUAUGGGCCGUCGCCGCAGCUGCGAAGCCACGAGGAGAGCCGCGACUGGCUGCGCUCCCACUCCACCAGCGGGCUGCAGGACUCAGUCAGCAACUCCCCGUUCUCCCCCGGGUCCAGCAUCACCUCCCCCUCCGGCACACGCUUCAACUUCGGACAGCUGGCUUCCAGUCCAACCUCAACAACUCAGAUCAACCUCACUGGCCUGAGGAACAACAGCCUGACCAAUCAGGACGUCCCGUUUGACCCCUCCAGCGAAAACAGGCUGAGGAACUCCUGCAUGUCCCUCGACGAGAAGACUCGCACCAUGAGCCGAUCAGGAUCCUUCCGGGACGGCUUUGAAGAAGUUCACGGUUCAUCCCUGUCUCUGGUCUCCAGCACCUCCUCCAUUUACUCCACGAACGAGGAGAAGUCUCAGUCGGAGAUCCGUAAGCUGCGCCGGGAGCUGGACGCCUCCCAGGAAAAGGUUUCCGCCCUCACGACACAGCUGAGUGCCAAUGCUCACCUGGUGGCAGCAUUUGAGCAGAGUCUGGGCAACAUGACCAUCAGAUUGAAGAGUCUUACUUUGACAGCAGAGCAGAAGGACUCUGAGCUGAACGAUCUGAGGAAGACCAUCGAGCUGCUGAAGAAGCAGAACGCCGUUGCUCAAGCUGCCAUCAACGGAGUUAUCAACACCCCUGAACUUGCACCUAAAGGCAACCGGACAGCCAGCGGGAACGGCAGUCCGCAGCAGCAGCACCAGAAUCAGCAGCCAGACCUGCGCAUCAGGCGGCAGCACUCCUCCGACAGCGUCAGCAGCGUCGCCAGCGCCACCAGCCACUCCAGCGUGGGCUCCAACAUGGACACGGAUGCCAAGAACAAGAAGAAGAACAAGAAGAACUGGCUGCGAAGCUCCUUCAAACAAGCCUUCGCCAAAAAGAAAUCUCCCAAGUCGGCUUCCUCUCAUUCAGACAUCGAGGAGAUGACGGACUCGUCCUUGCCUUCUUCCCCCAAGCUGCCCCACAACGGCACCUCGACCACAAGCCACAUGCUCAGGAAUACACACUCCAACACGCUAUUGUCAGAGUGCUUGGACAGUGAGGCGGAGACGGUUAUGCAGCUGCGAAGUGAACUCAGGGAGAAGGAAAUGAAGCUGACCGAUAUCCGCCUGGAGGCCCUCAGCUCUGCACACCAACUGGACCAGCUGCGGGAGGCCAUGAACCGCAUGCAGCUGCAGAUUGAGAAACUGAAGGUGGAGAAUGACCGUCUGAAGCUGGAGACUCAAGGCAGCAGGACUGGCUCGCAGGCCUCCAUCUCAUCCUCUCCUCCCCCGCACACGCACAGCCAGACCCCGGGCCCCGGCCUGGGCCAGCACAGCCUCAACCUGGCCGCCAGCGAGUCCACCAGCCUGGACAUGCUGCUGGACGACACCGGCGGAGAGGGAGGGAGGAAGGAGGGCCGACACGUGAAGAUCGUUGUCAGUCUGGAUGAGGAGAGCAAGUGGGGAGAGGAGGGCCAGCUGAGACAUUUUCUGAUUGGCCGCAUUGGCGUGAGCGGUAAAACCAAAUGGGAUGUCCUGGAUGGAGUAGUCCGACGCCUUUUCAAGGAGUACAUCACUCAUGUGGACCCCGUGAGCCAGCUGGGCCUGAGCACAGACAGCGUGCAGGGUUACAACAUCGGCGACAUCCAUCGGCCCAGCAGCCCCACGGCCGCCAGCACCCCCGAGCUGCUGCCCUGCGGCUACCUGGUGGGAGACAACACCAUCAACAUCCAGCUCAAAGGUGCAAGCACUGAAAAUGUGGACUCGCUGGUGUUUGACACGCUGAUCCCGAAGCCGAUGCUGCUGCGCUACAUCUCCCUGCUGAAGGAGCACAGGCGGGUCAUCCUGUCGGGCCCCAGCGGCACAGGGAAGACCCACCUGGCCAAUCAGCUGUCUCGACACCUCCUGCUGCGCGAGGGCCGACCUCUGACCCCAAAUGCCAUCGUCACUUUCAACGUGGACCACAAGUCCAGCAAAGAGCUGCAUCAGUACCUGUCGGGCCUGGCGGAGCAGUGCAGCCGCGUCCCGGGGGCCGAGAGCCCCCUGGUGGUCAUUCUGGACAACCUGCACCAUGUCAGUUCACUGGGAGAGAUCUUUAACGGCCUCUUCAACUGCAGCUACCAGCACUGCCCCUACAUCAUCGGCACCAUGAGCCAAGCCACAUCGUCUGCCCCCAACCUACAGCUUCACCACAACUUCAGAUGGGUGCUAUGUGCCAACCACAUGGAGCCAGUAAAAGGAUUCCUUGGUCGCUACUUGAGAAGGAAACUGAUCGAGAUGGAGAUCAGCAGCCGAACACGCAACGUGGAGCUGGUGAAGAUCAUCGACUGGAUCCCGCGGGUCUGGCACCACCUCAACCGCUUCCUGGAGACUCACAGCUCCUCUGACGUCACCAUCGGGCCGCGCCUGUUUCUGUCAUGUCCCAUGGACGUGGAGGGGUCCAGGGUUUGGUUCACCGAUCUCUGGAAUUACUCCAUCAUUCCCUACAUGCUGGAGGCCGUACGCGAGGGACUGCAGCUGUAUGGCCGCAGGGCUGCGUGGGAGGACCCGGCAGCCUGGGUGAUCGACACGUACCCCUGGUCCUCCACUCCCCCUCCAGGUGACUGGCCUCCGCUGCUCCAGCUCCGCCCAGAGGACGUGGGCUUUGACGGCUACUCUGCCCCGAGAGAGGGGGUCAGGAAGGAGCUGCCUCAGAGCGACAGUGACGCAGACCCGCUGAUGAGCAUGCUGAUGCGUCUGAAGGAAGCUGCGACGUCGUCAAGCCCGCAGAGCUACGACAGUGACUCCAACAGCAACAGUCACCAAGACGACAUCCUGGACUCUUCGCUGGAGUCCACCUUGUGAUCCCGUCAGAACACAGGGAUGUUUGUCGCGAAAGACAUUUUUCUGCCGUUCUCAUUGUGAGAAGUCCUGGUAUAGAAAAUGCAGCCACCUCCACUUGGGUGCAGGUAACCCAAAUGUUUGAAAUAAAAAAGAAAUAUCUAAAAACUGCAUAUCAGCAAACAGGCAACAAGAGCACUGCUUUGCUUUUCUCUUCCCACCGCUGUGGCCCGUGGCUCCUGCCUGGCAUGUUUUUCAGACUGUUGUGAUAAAAGCACAGCCUGUCCCUGUUGGUGAGGCGUCAUUACCGCCAUUAUCACCAGCCAGGAGCCCCCAACUCACACCCAGAUCCCCUUCGUCCUGCCUAAUUUCAGUGCACCAGAGCUGCCUGCAGAUGGCGACAGAGGCCCUCAUCUCUGGAGCUGGAGUGAUCCGCGACCAUCUGCUGCUCCUGGGGUGUGCAGGGCAGUCGUUUCUCCUCCUAAUCGGCCUCCACCGCUCAACUCGUCUCUGUGAUCGCUACAAGAUAAAUGGAGUUGAAGUAAAUGUUCAGUCCCGUAGCUUAGCGGUCACCACACGAGUUACUCUCCCAUCAUAUCAUUACACGGUUCUGGGUUUUCUCUUCCACCUGUCAUGUUGGUUCCCUGGGAUAACUUAUCCAGACCAUAUCCAUCCCAGCGCACCCACAACGUUUAACAACACGAGUUUAGAGUUUCAAAACUGCCUUUUGGAUGUCGUACAACCAAAAUCUGGCCACAGAGACGACUUGCAGCCGCAGCAGGUCUGUUUGAGCAACUCAACUCCACACGAUGCCACACAGACUCUUUAGGAGAAAACACUUCCUACACCAUCAGCGAUGGUAAAUAAAACACAAACACUACAUCUAACGGUGUCCUCAGCAGUAAUAUCCUUAAACCCAGCCCAAAGCCGCUGAAAAGCACUUUUUCCAGAAAGAAAUGGAUCACAGAUAAAACAAACAUGCUUUAUUUACGGGACACCCCUCCGUCAGGCCGGCUGGAAAACAUCUCGCAUGUUUAAAGGGCGAGGGCAAAAUGCUCAACGAAAGUGUUUUUAGUCAAUAACCAACAGGAAGUGGAACCUACUUUUGAAGUCGGUGUUGACUUUGGUGAGAUUUAUUCUUUUAACCCUCUAGAUGAUGUCCUCCUCAUCCAUCUAACUUUCCGUGUCAUUUUUUUUUAAACAACGCCUCAUCCACUCUUGUCACGAGUCCUCAACAAUCCUCCGAGCUCUCUGUGCACAUGAGCCCACGCAGGCUGCUGUAGCACAAGUAUUUUGGUGCUUGACUGAUUUCUAGAAAACAAACAAACAAAGCCUUAUUCUUUUUUAUAGCAGAUGUAUGUGCAUUAGCUGAUUAUUUAUCUGUCUACAUGGCUGUACACUUAACAGGGCUCCGAGUCGGGCUCCGAGUGGAGACUGCAGCCGCUGACCUCUCGUCAUGUCAGUCACAGAUGCCAUCAGGGUGAAUGAGAAGCAGUGCUUUGGGUUUCAGAUAAAAGUUGUUUGCAUGUGUGACCUGGUGCUGAGGAGACUGUAAAUAUUUUUGAAACUCUAGAAUAAAAGAGUAUUUAGAUGUGCGUCGGUGCUUGAAAGCCGAACCUGCUGUGGGGUCGACUGGGUGUUUGAUUUUGUACCUCGUCCUCUUCAUCUUCAAUUGUGCUUUCCCCCCUACAAUGACUGGGAUUCAAACUCCUAACAUGUUGAAUAAGUGAAUACAUGUGUAUAAGCUGCUUUGUUUAUAGUGACAUGAGAGAUGACGUUAAAGUUUGUAAAGGUACCCGUGGUUGAAAGACAAGAGUUUGACUUUUUCGUGACUUUAAAAAUGUGGUACUUUGAGGUUCCCAGCCUGCCUUCAGGGAGGGACAGGCCAGUGUUUAUAGCCUGAGAGAUGCGGUCCAUCACUUUCAAAGUUUGUCACCUAUCCUAUGCAACAUUCAUUCACAUCUCCAGAAUGAAGCCGGGAGCCGGACGUGUGUUUGUCCCUCUAGCAGUUAUCACGGCGCCUGAUUUGUGGUCAAUGGAUUUUUUGUUGUUUUUGGGAUGUUUUUUGUUGGAGGAGUGGGGGGGUCUUUUGUGUGUAUGUUUGCGUAUUUCAUGAACGCUGUCCUGCUACUGUCUUUGUAAGCACAAUGAGCGUGAUUGUGUUUGUGAAGCCUGCUCCGAGAGGUCUGGACGAUGAAGCCUUUUACUAGUCUGUCCUUUAUUACUCACAAACUUAAUGAAUGUUUAGCCUUCUUAGCCAUGUACAUUUUUUUAUAUGUAACAUAACUUUGUAAAUAGUUGAUAAUCUUUCAGCAUUUUGAUGACUUUUUCUAGAAGAUUUGGUACAAUACUUGAAAAUGAGUAUUUUGUGUACAGUCUUUACGUCGGAGCAAAUUGAUGCAGUUUGUCAUCACUUGUCUGUCCACCUCUGAGAAUCAAAUCUGACAUCACUGUAGUCUUAAGUUAUUGUCAUUCAAUAAAAAUUAUUUAUGACUGAA